AUGGCUAACAACAAUGCCGGCGCAUCCAACUUCGCCGAUAAGCCACGCCUGACAGAACAAGAAAAGAAAAACAACCACAUUGCGUCGGAACAGAAACGCAGACAAGCAAUUCGCGAAGGCUUUGACCGUCUGGCUGAGAUCGUUCCCAACAUGUCAGGUCAGGGUCGUAGCGAAGCCGUCAUGCUCUCUGCAACCGUCACAUACAUGAGGGCUCAACUGGCCAAAAAGGACACGCUCAAGGAAAUCGCUGCAAAACUCAACGUCAGUGAUGGCGAUUUUGAGCAGAUGUAUCGUGAGGAACGUGCCAGAAUCAAUCAGACCUACGACCGUUCAUGA